UUGAGCCUUUGUUGUGAUAUGGCAAAAUGCCGAAUUUUCUGAAUUUUCCACAGAAUUUCGAGGAAAAAUAACCCAAAUUUAGUGCAGAGACACUCGAACAACGAUGGGUUUCAUUGAAGAUUCGUUAAUUAUUUUCAUUUCACAGGUUUGCUUUUUCGCUGGAGGAUGGAUCUUCUUUGGCAAGCAACUGUUCCGCAACUACGAAGUUCGCAACAAUUUCGUUCAAUUGAUUUUUUCUACGACACUUGCACUCUCGACAACCAUGUUUGAGCUGAUAAUUUUCGAAAUUAUUGGUUUUUUGGACUUGUCUUCGCGUUUUUUCCACUGGCGAUUCAACUUAGCGUUGUUACUGUUCCUCGUCAUCGCGCUAAUUCCGUUCUACAUUGCCCAUCAGUGCAUUAGCAAUAUACAAUUUGUGCCAAUUCGAUGGCGAUUCCCACUCACCUGGCUCUGUUUCUUCAUUUAUUUGUACGGAUUCUGGCGAAUUGGGGACUCGUUCCCGCUGUUAAGUGCCUCAAAGGGAAUUUUCACGAUCGAACAGGCUGUUUCGCGGAUCGGCGUGCUCGGGGUGACUGUCAUGGCAGUACUUUCGGGCUUUGGUGCUGUGAAUUAUCCAUAUACGAGCAUGAAAAUCUUCAUUCGACCGGUAUCGAACAGCGAUAUCCUCAAUACCGAACGAAAAUUGAUGCAAACGAUGGAGAUGAUUUUGGCAAAGAAGAAACGAAUCGCUCUGGAUCGCAGGAAGAACAAGUCAAACAUAUCAAAACCCGGAAUUUGGGGCAUGUUGAGCUCUGUGGCGAAUAAUGUUUCGGGCGAAAAUAUUGGUCAACUCAAACUCGAAAUAGCAGCUUUGGAAGAAGUUUCACGUCAACUCUUUCUCGAAGUGCACGAUUUACGGACGAUGCAAGAACGCGAACGUUGGGCCAAUACCCUGCAAGGGAAAUAUUUCAACAUUUUAGGACAUUUUUUCAGUCUGUACUGUCUCUACAAGAUCUUCAUGUCGACAAUUAACAUAAUUUUCGAUCGUGUCGGCAAAAAAGACGCCGUUACGCGAGGCAUUGAGAUCGCCGUUCAUUGGUGUGGCUUCGAAAUGGAUGUCGCUUUUUGGUCGCAGCACGUUUCCUUCUUUCUUGUCGGUUGCAUCGUUGUGACGUCGAUUCGUGGACUCCUACUGACCCUCACGAAAUUCUUCUACAAAAUUUCAUCGAGCAAAUCGUCGAAUAUUAUUGUGCUUGUGAUGGCGCAAAUCAUGGGCAUGUACUUUUGCUCAUCGGUUCUGCUCAUGAGGAUGAAUAUGCCGGCGGAAUAUCGCGUUAUCAUCACCGAAGUGCUCGGCGGACUGCAUUUUAACUUCUACCACCGAUGGUUCGACACAAUUUUCCUCAUCAGCUCGCUCGCCACGAUUGUUGUGCUCUAUCUGCUGCACAAGCCAAAUAAACAGGAACAAGACUUUUAAACGGAAACACGUAAAAAAUGUGAUCACGGAGUUUCAUUUUAUAUACGGAAUGAAGUUCUGCAAAAAUAAUUUCUUUUUUAUUAUUCCAAUAAAAAAUUAUUAAACAAAAAACUAAUCAUAACCCAAUUGAUUGUAUUUCUAAACAAAUGUUAUAAUACCUAAUGUAAUUGAUUUAAAUUUAUUUAAAAAAAAUAUUAAAUUAAAUUAGCGAGA